AUGAUUUGGCAAAGUUUUAGUAAGGAUACGAUUGAACGAUCGAUUAAUGUUCCGGAAUUGGUAUCUAAGACUUGGAAAUGUGAUAAGAACUUUGAUGGUCUACUGGCAUAUGCUAUUCGACAACACGUUUUAGAGCAACGUGAGCCGAACCAAUACGCUCUGCAAAAAGAUUGGACACCUUUAGGAUUGAUUUAUAGACCAUUAAUUAAGACUUUAAGAUAUUUAUUUAAUGAUUCUAAAAAGAAAGGAAAGUAUACUCCAGCCUUUACAAGUCAAGCGAUUGCUGAAAAUAUUAGUGGACAUUAUAAACCUGAUAUACUUCCGAAUUUACUACCUUGUGUGACAUCUACUCGAGAUUAUAUUGAAUCGGCAAAAAAUGAUCAAAUCGUAGAAAUCACUUUCAAAUCUAAUAUUAAUUUGGCAUAUAUUCAAUUAAGUCAUAAAUGGCAAAGACCUUUUGAUGGUUGAUCAAUUGAUUAAGUAUUCAAUUGAAAUUUGGUCUUGGGUCAACAAUCGAAUUAGAAAUCUAUAUCGUGGUUUAUUGAGAACAUUAAAGAUUAUUUUUAAAGAAAGGUAUAUAUAUUGAAGCAUUUUGAAAAUUUAGUCUCUUUGAGCAUAUUUUUGGGGGGUUGGGGGGGUUACGUUUGUUUGAAAAGGUUCUGUUUUAUAAAACUGUUUUUCAACAAAAGACGAGUUAGGGUUAAGGGGUUAUAUAUUCAUAUAGUUGAGAUUUUUCUUGUUAGAUAUGUUGAUAGAAGAGUUUGAAACUAAUCCAAAGCAAUAUCAAUAAUACAUCAAAAGAUUUUC